UUCACACAGAUGGUAGUUAAUGUUUUGACCACUCAUGUAGGCCUCUGUAGUAAUCAACGGUAUAAUGGAUGGCGUAAACUUAUUCCUUGUAGUCAUAUCGUUAAGCCAUGUUCUUGCUCCUCCGCCACCAGAGGGAGCUUUUGUUGAUGACGUACGUCGCGUGGUGCCCCCAUGGAACACUACGGCCACUUUGUCCCUCACCCUGACGCCUCUUCCGACCCACCCACCUCUGGUGAUUAGAAGCCGCUACGUCACCAAAGAUGGGCGAUUGUUGUUAGACAAACCUCAAAACGAGUCCGUUGUUCUCAUCCAGGCCACGAACCUUGUGUCAGAAGAAGCCGUUGAAAAGGCGGCCCACACAAUGGGGUCCAUGAUGAGGCACAUGCCUGAUAUCAUCUUCGCAGGGGUAGCCCGUAGUAAAGGGGUCCGUCUGUUCCCCAAGGGCCACGGGCUUGUGGUUUACCCGGAGAUGGCCAGUCACGCGAACACACCAGAGUGCAAAAGAACCUGUGCAGGAUCUUGUCGUCACACAUGCGUGGGUGGCACCCGCAAGUUCCAGAAUAUUGGCGGCCUGACGGCUGGGUACUCAUACAUUGUCGACAGUAACGUGUUGUGCAAAAACGAUGGGUAUCACGGGAGAUUAAACGUUGUAGGCCACGAGUUCGCCCACCUAAUCAUGUUUCACCUCCCCAGCUACUGGAAAAAGAGAAUUCACGAUGCUUAUACAAAUGACCACGCCAAACAGGUCUGGGGCAUGCAUUCUUACCUUAUGUCCAAUCAGAACGAAUAUUGGGCGGAAUCAUCCGGGGCCUUCUUCAUGUUUGGUCACAUGUUGUGGACUUCCGGUGGAAUGAACAGAUGUGGUCAUGGUGGAAACACCAUCUGUCCGUCUGUAGCUGCGGCUCGUGAGUUUAUCCACAAGAAGGACCCAGACCUGUUCGCCAUAUUGGACUAUGUUUAUACCGGAAACCGUCCUGAAAUAGAUGAUCACGUCAAACCCUGUAUGUAG